AUGGGUAGCGUAACCUGCAUCGCCGUGCAACCCGUGCAGGUUUGUCGUGGUGUAGAUCUGGCUUCCGUACAGCAAAGGGAGGCUGAAGUAUGGGUCCCUUGGCCGGUAAUAGACGUUGGGACUUUUUACUACCGUCCGACCGUUAUUGAGGCUUUUGCUUCUGUUCAAUAUAUAAUGAUGGAAGCUAACUUUGGUUGGUUAAUCCGAUCAAUUCAUAGAUGGUCGACAAGUAUGAGUCUUAUGAUGAUCCUGCACGUAUUUCGCGUGUAUCUUACUGGUGGAUUUAAAAAACCUCGUGAACUGACUUGGGUUACAGGUGUGGUUCUAACUGUAUUGACCGCAUCCUUUGGUGUAACUGGUUAUUCCUUACCUCGGGACCAAAUUGGUUAUUGGGCAGUCAAAAUUGUAACAGGUGUACUGGAAGCUAUUCCAGUAAUAGGGUCGCCUUUGGUAGAGUUAUUACGCGGAAGUGCUAGUGUGGGACAAUCUACCUUGACUCGUUUUUAUAGUUUACACACUUUUGUAUUACCUCUUCUUACUGCCGUAUUUAUGUUAAUGCACUUCCCAAUGAUACGUAAGCAAGGCAUUUCUGGUCCUUUAUAGAGAAUAGAAAUCAUAGAUUUGUAAUUAGUUAUUUAUGAUUACUCGGGGGAGGAAGAAGAGUAUUUCAUUGCUGCAAAUAUGGAUUAUUGAAAAAUAAGACAUGUAUUUGGAUAUUUCCCUUCAACUCCACGAAAUUUGAUUCGUUAUUUUUCAAUAAUAGUUGAAGGGAAUUCUUCGAAGAGAAAAUGGAUUAUGGGAGU